AAAACCACUACUUAUUGUUUAUAAAUAUGUUAAUUAUUACUUAAAAUAUACUUUUUUGAAACAAAACACACUUUGAUUUCCCUGUGGUUUACGGCAUAAGAAAAUGCAUUUGUGUUUUGCAUUUGAAAAUAUAACAAAAAUAUUGCGAGAGGCGGAGAGAUAUAUUGUAUGAAUAUUUGUUGUGUUUAUAAUUAAUAAUAAUAAAUAAAUAACAACACGUUUAGCACCAACAUGUUCAUUUACUACAUUUGCAUAUACACUAUACUAUUGGCCGGGCAGUACACCCAGGGCUGCCAACUGGGCAACUGUCCCACACCCGAGUCAAUCACGCCCUGCUUGUGCCGUAAGGACUCCCGCGGCUGUCGACUAAUACAUUGUGACGGCUAUCGAGACAUAAAUCUCAAACAAGUAUUUAAAUCAAUGUCACGCGAACUGCACGGCAAUAAUCGGGAGUUACACGUAUUUUCCCUGACAAACACCCGGGUAACCGAAUUGCCCGAGAACGUAUUCGCCAGCAUCCAGUUUGACGUGAUCAAUAUAACCAACGCCUACAAUUUGCGCCGGAUAAAUUCAAAAGCGUUUUACUGUACCAACGCUGAGAUACAAUCAUUUAAACUGGAAAACACGCCGGUCAUUGUGGAGCACCCGGACUACGACCUGUUCCAAGCACUGGACAGUAUGGAGGGC